UCUACUGUUCUCAUUUGAUGCCGCAAAGCACUAAUAUAUAUAUAAAGAAAAAUUAUUAGAUUGCUUUCCUUGAGUUUUAUACUUGAAUAUAUAACAGUAUUUUAUUAAUAAAGUAAAAUGCAACCUCAAAUUAUCCUCCUUAAAGAAGGAACAGACUUGUCACAAGGGAAGCCUCAGUUAAUAUCUAAUAUAAAUGCUUGUCAAACUGUUGUUGAUGCUGUACGUACAACACUUGGCCCUCGUGGUAUGGAUAAACUUAUUGUAAAUGACAAUGGAAAAGGCACAAUUUCUAAUGAUGGUGCUACAAUUUUGAAGUUACUCGAUGUUGUUCAUCCAGCAGCUAAAAUCUUAGUUGAUAUUGCAAAAUCUCAAGAUGCAGAAAUUGGAGAUGGUACUACAAGUGUAGUUUUACUAGCUGGAGAAUUUCUUAAACAAGUUAAAUCAUUUAUUGAAGAAGGUGUUCAUCCACGAAUUAUAAUUAAGGCAUUUCGAAAAGCAAUAGAAUUAGCUACAGAAAAAAUUAAUGAGCUAAGUAUCCAAAUUAAGAAAACUGAUGCUCAAAGUACUCGAAAUACAUUAGAAGAAUGUGCUGCCACAGCAUUAAAUUCAAAAUUAAUUCACCAACAACGUAAAUUCUUUAGUAAAAUGGUUGUUGAUGCUGUGCUUAUGUUAGAUUAUCUUUUACCGCUAAAUAUGAUUGGUAUCAAAAAGGUCUCUGGAGGAGCUUUAGAAGAUUCUAUGCUUGUAGCUGGUGUUGCUUUCAAGAAAACGUUUUCUUAUGCUGGUUUUGAAAUGCAACCUAAAACGUAUUCACCUUGUAAAAUUGCAUUACUUAAUAUUGAAUUAGAAUUGAAAGCUGAACGUGACAAUGCAGAUAUUUGUGUGAAGAAUGUCACUGAAUAUCAAAAAAUUGUUGAUACAGAAUGGCAAAUUUUAUACGAUAAACUCAACAAAAUUCAUGAAAGUGGUGCAAAUGUCGUUUUAUCUAAAUUACCUAUUGGAGAUGUUGCUACACAGUUUUUUGCUGAUAGAGACAUGUUUUGCGCUGGUCGUGUAAUUGAUGAAGAUCUUAAAAGAACCAUGAAAGCUUGUGGUGGAGCUGUUCUUACUACGGCUAAUGACAUUAAUGAUUCAGUUCUUGGUCGCUGUGAUACAUUUGAAGAAAAACAAAUUGGAGGGGAGAGAUUUAAUUUCUUUUCAGGAUGUCCAAAUGCAGAAACUUGCACAUUUAUACUCCGAGGUGGUGCUGAACAAUUUUUAGAAGAAACACAAAGAUCUUUACAUGAUGCUAUUAUGAUUGUUAGGCGUAUGAUUAAAAAUGAUGCUGUAGUUGCUGGUGGAGGUGCUAUAGAAAUGGAACUUUCAAGAGCAUUACGGGAUUACUCUCGCACUAUUGCUGGAAAAGAACAACUUAUAAUUGGUGCUGUUGCUAAAGCUUUAGAAGUUAUUCCAAGGCAACUAUGCGAUAACGCCGGUUUCGAUGCAACGAAAAUUCUUAAUAAACUUCGCCACAAACAUCAUGUUGGUAAAUGUUGGUUUGGAGUCGAUAUUAACGAUGAAUUUGUAGCUGAUAAUUGGGAAAAUUGCGUUUGGGAGCCUGCAGUAGUCAAGAUUAAUGCAUUAACUGCAGCUUGUGAAGCAGCUUGCCUUAUUCUUUCUGUCGAUGAAACUAUUAAGAGUCCGAAAAGUAAUAGUGGAGAUGGGCCGCAAAUGCCUGGUCGUGGGAUCGGCAGACCCAUGUAAUACCUCUUCUUCCACUCGAUUUAAUAUUUCUAUAAUUAAAGUUUUAAUGCUUUUAAACAUAUAAUUUUCAUAAUAUAAUGCA